AUGGCAUUCGGUCGAAACACCACCCCAUCGUCAUCCUCCGCCGGUCCGAGGCGCGUGGGCAUCAUGACCAGCGGAGGCGACUCGCAGGGCAUGAACGGCGUGGUGCGGGCGGUGGUGCGCAUGUCGAUCCACAUGGGAUGCGAGGCGUACGCCAUCCUUGAGGGGUACGAGGGUCUCGUGCGCGGCGGCGACGCCAUCCGCCGCAUGCACUGGGAGGACGUCCGGGGCUACCUGUCCCUGGGGGGCACGUUGAUCGGGACGCGGCGGUGCCGCGAGUUCUUCGAGCGCGCCGGGCGCGUCAAGGCCGCCAAAAACCUCAUCCUCAAGGGGAUCUCGGGGCUCGUCGUCUGCGGCGGCGACGGCAGCCUCACGGGCGCCGACAGGUUCCGGGCCGAGUGGCCCAGCCUGCUCGACGAGCUGGUGCAGACGCGGCAGCUCACCCCCUCGCAAGUCGAGCCGUACCGCCACCUCAACGUGUGCGGGCUCGUCGGGUCCAUCGACAACGACUUCUCCGGCACCGAUGCCACCAUCGGCUGCUACUCGUCGCUGCAGCGCAUCUGCGAAAUGGUUGACGCCGUCUUCGACACGGCCGCCUCGCACGCCCGCGGCUUCGUCAUCGAGGUCAUGGGCCGCCACUGCGGCUGGCUCGCGCUGAUGGCCUCGAUCGCCACGGGCGCCGACUACGUCUUCAUCCCGGAGAAGCCGCCCGGCGCGGACUGGGCCGACGAGAUGUGCGAGAUCGUCACCAGCCACCGCAACCUGGGCAAGCGGCGCACCAUCAUCAUCAUCGCCGAGGGCGCCACGGACAUCGAACUGAACAAAAUCACCGCCGACCAGGUCGUCGAGACCCUCAGCGAGAAACUCGACCUCGACACCCGCAAGACCGUCCUCGGCCACAUCCAGCGCGGCGGCCUCGCCUCCUAUUACGACCGCUGGCUCGCGACCCUGCAGGGCGUCGAGGCCGUCAAGGCCUUACUAGAGGCAACCCCGGACACGCCGUCGCCGGUGAUCACCGUGCGCGAGAACAAGAUCCUCCGCUCCGACCUGCAAGAGUGCGUGCGCCUUACAAAAUCCGCCGCCGCGGCCGUCAAGGAAAAGGACUGGACCCGGGCCAUGAAGCUCCGCGACGUCGAGUUCAAGGACUACUUUGACAGCUACAAGCUGACCACGUCGACCACGGAGGAGAGGCCGCGCCUCCGCCUCCCCGAGGAAAAACACAUGCGCAUCGCCAUCAUCCACGUCGGGGCCCCCGCCGCGGGCAUGAACCCCGCGACGCGCGCCGCCGUCGCCUACUGUCUCUCGCGCGGCCACACCCCCCUGGCCAUUCACAACGGCUUUCCGGGCCUACAGAGACACCACGACGACAAACCCGUCGGUUCAGUCAGAGAACUCAAGUGGAUCGACGUCGACGACUGGGUCAACCAGGGCGGGUCGGAGCUGGGCACCAACCGCAGCCUCCCCAGCGAAGACCUCGCCCAGACGGCGUACUGUUUCGACCUGUACGAAUUCGACGCCCUGUUCCUGAUCGGCGGCUUCGAGGCCUUUACGUCGGCCAGCCAGAUCCGGAACAACCGCGACAAAUACCCUUCUUUCCGCAUCCCGCUCCUCGUCCUCCCGGCCACCAUCUCCAACAACGUGCCCGGGACCGAGUACUCGCUGGGCAGCGACACGUGCCUCAACACGCUCGUCGGGUUCUGCGACGUGAUUCGGCAGUCGGCGUCGGCGUCGCGACGGCGAGUCUUCGUCGUCGACACCCAGGGCGGCAAGUCGGGCUACCUGGCCACCAUGACGGGACUCGCCGUGGGCGCCUCGGCCGUCUACACCCCCGAAGCGGGCAUCAACAUGCGCAUGCUGCUGCGGGACAUUGACUUCAUCCGCGAGGACUUCCAGAACGACAGGGGCGCCGCCCGCGCCGGCAAGAUCAUCCUCCGCAACGAGCGCGCCAGCCAGACGUACUCGGCCCAGAUGAUCGCCGACGUCAUCAACGUCGAGGCCCAGGGCAGGUUCGACGCCCGCGCCGCCGUCCCCGCCCACUACCAGCAGGGCAUGAAGCCGUCGCCGAUCGACCGCAUCCGCUCCUUCAAACUCGCCAUCAAGUGCAUGCAGUUCCUCGAGGAGAACUUUGCGGGCAAGACCCCUGACGAAAUCAACGCCAAUCCCCUCAACGCCGCCAUCAUCGGUAUCCAGGGGUCCGAGGCCGUCUUCAGCCCCAUGGGCAGCGACUUGGGCUUGGAGGCCACCGAGACCGACUGGAGCUCGCGUCGCCAACUCAACGAGUAUUGGCGGCCCGUCGAGGCUGUCAUCGACAUCCUCAGUGGCCGGCCAAACGACCUGGACGGGACUGCUGAUUAUGCCACGCUGCCUGAAACCCCCGGAGAAGCAUUUGUGUCUGUCGCCCCCAGCCGCGCAAUCACCCCGAGGCCGCAAAUCCUCUAG